CAGACUCGACUCGACAAUUUAAUGGGAUCGGCGAAUACUUGCACCAUCUGCUGGAAACUAUUUCAGAUGGCAGAGGCUGCUAUUUGUCAAAAUUUUGGAGAAUGGCUCUCCAUCAAACUAGACCAACUCAAAAUCGAUCAGGAUGUGUUUGGAAGCUACAUAAGUAGCAUUGUAGAAACUGAUGAUUCGAACGAGGAGGAGAAGUCAGAAGCCUUAAGUGGAAUCCUUGGCGGAAUAUUGGAGGAUGCUGUCGAGGAGACUUGCCAUGAAAUCUUGCAGAAAUGGAAACAAAUUAGCCAUUCAGCCUCUGAUGAAAAGCAAGUCAAUGGAGAUACUCACCCAACAGAGAGUUCUGAAGAUAAGAUGGCAGCCAUCAUGGAGCGCCACGCUGCCACCCAGGUUACCAAGGUAACCAAAUCACCAACAGACUCGAAACAGAAAGCUGCCCUCUUGGCCCGAUUUGCAGAAGUUUCUGAUGGAGAUGAAGAUGAGGAUUACGAACCUGACUAUGAUGGUGGUAAAGGAGGUGGUGCAGCAGGAGGAGGAGGUUUGGAUGACCUAUUCUUUACCAAUACAAACAAGGUCGACGUUGAUAGGCACGAGAAGGAGAAACGCGAGAAAGCCAAGCUGGAGAGCGCAAAGAAGAAGGAACAGGACAAACUGCAGAGAGAACAACAGAAGCAGAAGGCACAAGACAGGAAAGAGAAAGAAAAGAAGAGAACUCAGAAGCAAGAGAGACGGAGGUAGCAUCCCUCAAUUUGUCAUGGAUAUUUUGUUAAUUAAUGCAGUUUUAUAGUAUUUAUUUUUUUGACCAUAUAUAUUCUCUGAUGCAGUUGCCAAUUAUUUCGAAUCUUCAUGUUGGUAGUCAAAUGAAGACCGUAGCCAUUUCCCACAUUUGGAUGUGUUUUUGUCCAUAUUUUGACAGUAACUUGAAAAAGAAAUUCACAUUUUCAUGUUAAUAAUUAAUGUAAUUUUAUAUCAAGAAUUUUUCAGGGCAUUUUCACACAUGAAUUAUACUACUUUAUGAUGUACAGUGUGAUGUGUACAUUGUGCAUGUUGAUAUCUAUUUAUUGUCUUAACUGUGAAUCCCUUUGUAAUUCAUAUGAAUUCUAGGAAUGUAAUAUGCACCAGAACAUGUCAUUCAUAAUAUUUUGACAAUAAUCCUGUAAACACUGCAAACUUAUGUAUGUUAUGUCUCCCUAUUAUGAUACUUUGAACUCUUUUUUUUAUUCCUUAUUAUAUUUUCACUUAUCAUGUAACACAUCUCAUUCUAUGUUUAUCAGCAGUGCUUCCAUUCUAUGAUCACAUACAGCGAAUACUAAGUCCUGCAAUGCCUGUGCUAUAAACAAAAGUAGACACUUGUAGAUUGAAUGUCAGUCUUGUAUUAAUCAUAUUGAAUAUUCAAUGUAUUAUUGAAGUGAAGAUUCUUCUGCCCCAAUCCCCCCCCCCCCAUCUCUCUGUCACUCCCCAAUUCUCUACCUCUCUCCCCUCUCUCUUUGUCUUCACCCUUUUCAUUUUCAAUGACAUGCACAUGCUUAGCCAGCUUCCCAUGGCCAUUGAAAAAUUAUUUUGAUAUUUAUAAAAUUACCCAAAAGUUAGUAUUUUCUUCCUCUGAUGGCUUCUGCAGACACCUAAAUCAGAUUGGCCUGUAUUCUGAAGUCGGGUUUAGCUUAAACUCAGGUUUUAAGUUGUGGUUAAAAGUACUGAUAGCC